AUGUUAACAAUUCCUUUUGUGUUUAUGGAGAUCAUCGAGCUGGAGGAAGGAUGGAACAUCAUGCAGACGGGAAUCACAAAAUUAAAGAACAUCUUAGAAGGCCAUCCAGAUUCAUUCAGCUCCAAAGAGUGUAUGAUUCUCUUCAAUACUAUCUAUAACAUGUGUACACAGAGGUACCCUCACGAUUACUCUCAGCAGCUAUAUGAGAAAUACAAGGAAGCCUUUGAAGAAUACAUCAAUUCUACAGUUCUAUCUUCUUUGAGAGAGAAGCACAAUGAGUUUAUGCUAAGGGAGCUCGUGAAAAGAUGGGAAAAUCAUAAAGUUAUGGUCAGGUGGCUUUCACGGUUCUUCCAUUAUCUUGAUCGGUAUUUUAUUGCUCGAAAGUCACUCCCUUCACUUAAUGAAGUUGGUCUGACGUGCUUCUGUGAUUUGGUUUAUCAAGAGUUGAAAAGUAAAGCUAGAGAUGCAGUUAUAGCACUGAUUGAUCAAGAACGUGAGGGUGAGCAGAUUGAUAGAGCGUUAUUGAAGAACGUGCUAGGCAUAUUUGUUGAAAUUGGAAUGGGGGAGAUGGAGUUCUAUGAAAAUGACUUUGAAGAUGCAAUGCUUAAAGAUACAGCAGCUUAUUAUUCUCGAAAAGCAUCAAACUGGAUUGUGGAAGAUUCUUGUCCAGAUUAUAUGUUGAAGGCAGAAGAGUGCUUGAAAAAAGAGAAGGAUAGAGUUUCUCAUUAUUUGCACUCAAGCAGCGAGACAAAACUUCUGGAGAAAGUGCAAAAUGAAUUACUGGUUGUAUAUACCAAUCAAUUGCUUGAGAAGGAGCAAGGAUGCCGAGCUUUGCUUAGAGAUGAUAAAGUAGAGGAUUUAUCUCGAAUGUAUAGGCUAUUCCACAGGAUCCCUAAAGGUUUGGAACCAGUUGCAAAUAUGUUUAAGCAGCAUGCCACUGAAGGCAUGGUGUUGGUGCAACAGGCCGAAGACUCAGAAAGUAACAAGGCUGAAAGUUCCAGUGGUUCACAGGAGCAGGUCUUUGUUAGGAAGGUUAUUGAGCUGCUUGACAAAUAUAUGGCAUAUGUGACCGACAGUUUUGCAAAUAACUCUCUCUUUCACAAGGUUUUGAAAGAGGCAUUUGAGGUCUUCUGUAACAAUUUUUUUGCUGGCUGUUCUAGUGCAGAACUCCUUGCCUCUUAUUGUGAUAAUAUCCUUAAGAAGGGCGGGAGUGAGAAACUCAGUGAUGAUGCUAUUGAGGAGACAUUAGAUAAGGUGGUCAAGUGUCUUGCGUUUAUCAGUGACAAAGACCUUUUUGCUGCGUUCUACAGGAAGAAGCUUUCUCGGCGACUGCUUUUUGAUAAAAGUGCCAAUGAUGACCAUGAAAGGCUCAUCUUAACAAAGUUAAAGCAGCAGUAUGGUGGACAGUUUACGUCAAAGAUGGAGGGAAUGGUGACGGACUUGACUUUGGCGAAGGAAAAUCAGAGUCACUUUCAGGAAUAUCUCAGUAACAACUCGGCAGCUAAUCCCGGAAUUGAUUUGACUGUCAGAGUUCUUACAACUGGCUUUUGGCCUAGUUAUAAAUCUUCUGAUCUGAGUCUCCCUGUGGAAAUGGUGAAGUGUGUAGAAGUCUUCAAGGAAUUUUAUCAGACGAAAACGAAACACAGGAAAUUGACCUGGAUUUAUUCACUGGAUACAUGCAAUAUCAAUGGCAAGUUUGAAUCAAAAACUAUUGAACUUAUUGUGGGAACUUACCAGGCUGCUGCUCUAUUACUGUUUAAUGCUUCAGAUAGAUUGAGUUACUCAGAUAUCAAAAGUCAGUUAAAUUUGGCUGACGAUGACUUGAUCAGAUUGCUUCAAUCCCUGUCAUGUGCCAAGUAUAAAAUUCUGACCAAAGAACCUAGCAAUAGAACUGUUUCGUCAACGGAUCAUUUUGAAUUUAACUCCAAGUUCACUGACAGAAUGAGGAGGAUUAGGGUAUAG